AUGAAGCCGUCGAGAAGGCCUUUCGCGAAAUGUCCCAAAGCUUUGUGCCCCAUGCGGCACCUCCUGGCUCGUGCCUUGUUCGACGUGUAUUCAUGCUUCCAUCUCGUCUCCUCCUGCUGCCUCCGUACGUCCACCAGGAGAACAGGGUCCUGCGCAAGUUUGUGUCCGAGUUCGCAUUGAGGUUGACAAUCCGGGAUGACAACCUAAGGCCACUUUCCCACUCCUUGGCCUUCCAUCAACAUAGAAAUGAAAUCGUGGAGGCCAUUGUUGGACGACCCCUCCGCAGAGGCAUCUACAUUGGCCGCAGGCAGUUCAAACUGCUGGCAGCAUCAUGUAGUCAACUCAGAGACCAUGGGGUCUGGCUCUUCGCAACAGUCACCAAAGGCCAGAGCCCAGAGGGCAUUCGAGAGUGGAUGGGUGACUUCAGCGAAAUCACCAGUAUCGCCAAGAAAAUGGCUCGCAUGGGUCAGUGUUUUUCCUCGACCGAGGAGUCGGUGCAAGUUCCCCUUGGUGUUGGCGCAAUCACGGAAGCCGACAAGGUUGGAGGACGCCACCCAAUGUCUAAGAACCCCUACGUCUUCUCCGAUGGAAUUGGCAUGGUGUCAAGGUCUCUCCUGCAGAAGGUUUGCCAAAAGCUGGGCAUCGAGGAUGAGCCAUCGGCCAUACAGAUUCGGUAUGCGGGCUGCAAGGGCAUGUUGUGCCUGAACCCGAGGCUGAAGGGUGACAAGCUGAUUUUGCGGGAAAGCAUGUGCAAGUUCCCUUGCUCCACUUCUGACGUUCUUGAGGUCAUCAAGGUCUCAGCCCCUCGUACAGUCUGCCUGAACCGGCCCCUGAUCACUAUCUUGGAACAGCUGGGCGUUCCCGGGCACGCCUUUGUGAACCUCCAGCAGAACAUGGUGCUUCAACUUGCCAAUGCACUAGUCUGCGAGGAUGUCGCGUUGGACACGCUAGGAAAUUACGUGCAAGUGCCGUUCUUCUUCCGAGAGCUUCAGAGUCGGGGGUUUCUGCUGACACGGCAUCCCUUCGUGCGCCUGCUUCUUUGCACUGUGUACAAAAGUGCCAUGGAUGGACUGCGUACCAAGACUCGCAUUGCGGUGGCCAGCGAUGCAGGCCGCAACAUGCUGGGUGUCUUGGACGAGACGGGCCAACUUCAGUACGGCCAGGUUUUCGUUCAGUACACCGAACUGGGCACUGAGAGCAAGGCAACUCAUAUCCUCACGGGCACUGUGCUGGUGACAAAAUGCCCAUGCCACCACCCCGGUGAUGUGCGCAAGUUUGAAGCAGUGGAUGUGCCAGAGCUACGUCACAUCAAGGAUUGCAUCGUGUUUCCCGCAAAAGGACCGAGGCCUCACCCAAAUGAGAUGGCUGGUUCUGAUUUGGAUGGUGACGAGUACGUGGUCAUAUGGGACAAAGACCUCUUUUUUCCUGGAGCCAACCGCAAGCCCAUGACCUUCAGGGACCAUACAGUCGCUGGUCAUUCGGAUUAUGACCUGGAAGAAGCAAUGAUUCAGUUCAUCUGCAGCUACAUCAAGAAUGACAACAUUGGUGUGAUGGCUAAUGCACACCUAGCCUGGGCCGAUCAGCUUGAGGACGGCAUCUUUUCCGACUGCUGCCUGAAAAUUGCCGACAAGAUCUCGGUGUGCCUCGACUUUGCCAAGACUGGGAUGCCUUCUCAUCUCGACAAGAUGGAGAAGCCGCCGUCGUACCCUGACUUCAUGAACAAGGGCUGCCACAAGAACACUUAUCAGUCCAAGCGGAUCUUGGGUCAGCUGUACCGGCUUCACCGGUCAUUGGAAGCUGUGAUCAGCACCGACUUCGAGAACCACUUCGUUGAAAGUGACUGUCAGAGCAAGCUCUUUGAGUACGAGGGCUGGCAAGACUACCGGGAGAGUGCGGAACGGGCGCUUGCUGAGUAUGCCUCGAAAAUGCAGAGGAUCCUCAGCCAGCAUGGUAUCAGGAGCGAGGGUGAAGUGGUUGCAGGUCUCGUCAACAAGGUUUUCGACUUCAACAAUACCUCCCACGAGAAGACGAACGUCGAGACUCUAGUGGCAAAGCAGUACCAGCACCUGGUCAAAGAGACACGGCAGUGUUUUUUCGACAUUGUGGAAGCCGCCUAUGAAGACAAGGCCGUCACCACGGAUGACCAAAGGCAGACGGUGCUUCUGCAGGUGGCAUCUGCGUGGUACAUGGUGACGUACAGCUCUGAAGCGCCGAACGAAUCUCGCUGCUGCAGCUUUCCAUGGGCUGUGGCCGACGCUUUGCUAUCACUCGUGAAAGCUCUGUAUGGUGACACUGAAGUACCCCAGAUCCCGCCAAACUUCCUGCUUUCCAAGUUGAAUGCGGCGUUUGCUAAAGAAUCCACGCAAGCUUCUGCGAAGGGCCUCGCCCUCGAAGUAAUCACAAAGUGGGCCGUCAAAGAUGAACUGAUGAAGGAUUCAAAAGCUAAGCAUUCCUCCAUUUGCAAGUCCUGCUUGUCCAAAAUCUUUGAGGACUCUGUUAAGGCCACUAUGCAGCAGCAAGAAUUGGGGAGUGGGGACCUAGAGAAAGAAGAAGAGAACGCCCAGUGCAGCGGCAGUUUGUUAACCGGUGGUGAGCUGGUGCUCGGGUUCCUGAGGUACAUGAGUAGUGCCAGGGUGCAGUUCCCGCCUUGCAGGGAGUGCAAGUGGUCCCUGUCGAUGACUCGGACGAUCACCAUGGCCGCCGUGAGAACCUACAGCCUGCUUGCCAUCACAAGAGACCUGUGCCACUUGGGUAUGCCCUGCGAGCCAGAACUCCACGAGCCAGUGCAGAUAGUCCAAGAGGGAAACCCGGUUCGGAUACAAGUGAAGCACCCCGAGCUCAUGGACCUGCUUCGUCACAGCCCAGAGGAAGUGGAAGAGCUGCUUCGCGGUUGGUCUGGUGUCCAGGAGGUCCACAUUCGAGGAGACAUGAGCCACAGCGGCCACUACCUGCUGGUGUCAGCCGUGGGUCGUGACUGGCAGCGCUGGUUUCUCGAGGAGCUCGUGUUGCAGCCGUGGCUCGGUGAUGCCGUGGUCAAGAAGGAUAUUGAGUCAUUCCUUGAGCAGUGACUGCUGGUGAUGACAGAGCUGUGAUAUUCCCCGAGGUGCCUUGCAAUGCCCAGACUAGUCAUAGCCAUAGUCUGUGCUGUUUAAUGUGCCAAGCUACACUAUGUCACAUAAGUGGAGGGACCAAAGCGAUGUGCUAAUCUUAUCCUCCUUAUGUAGUAGUUAAAGCUGCCGAGUAGAAUGGAGUGCUACUUUCGCCGGACACCCGCGCUCUGAGUCAGCGGGAGGUUUUGUUUGGUAGAGUUAAUGUCGAGUUGACGGAAAGGGAGGAGAGUAAGUGUUCGACAAACGAACGUAAGAUAAAGAAAAAAAAAACACUGCCCUUGAACUAAGCACGAAGCAAAGAGUGCCAUGGGACUCCUUGCUUACUACUUUGUUUGAGCACAGUUUUAUUUUGAGUCCUGUACUAUCCUUAACAAACUAAUAUAUAACGCCAGUUUGCAUUCUUCUCGCUUGGCAUCGGUGCAAGUGACUCCCGCUUUUUAGCUUGCCACUUCGGACAAAAUGUGCCAUCCGCUGCAUUGGAAUGAAGAUGAAAGUAUAUGUAUGCUCGACAAAAUGCCACCCCCAUGCAAAAUCUGGGAUGCAAUAAGCUUGCGGCAUAGCUGCAAGGUACAUUUUGUUCCUGAAUGCUUUAUUUAUGCAGCAGUCGGUACAGAAGAAAGGAGUACCCGAAAGUAAUGGAUGAACAUAUGUGUUAUUGUUCACGUUAGUUACGUCAAAGGUCACGUCCUGAAAUAACCCAGUUUUCCCUGUUUUGCUUAGACGUACAGCUUGAGGCUUUAAAGAUUACUAUCUAGACGAGGGCAUAGAGUGCAAACAAGUAAAUGCAAAAGUUUACGAUACUAUCGGAGUCCGCACUGCUAAAGAUGUGAGGCUUUCGUAGAGGGUCUAGGUCUGAGUGUCUUGUCAGACAAGUUAGAGAUGUGUGCGUGUCGCGGAAACAGCAAUAUCAAAGACAAGUGAUGUUGAACUAGGAUUAUGUUUGCAAAGGGCGGGCAGUUUAAACAAGCUUGGUGCUUCAGCAGUUUAGUGAUUGCUCUCAUUUCAUUCAAUUGUACUUGCUUGUAAAGCACUUCUUAUUGCAAUCUUGCCGAAGAUGCAACUAUUAAGUUGGGGCAUGGGCUAACUGCUAUGAAGAGGAUUGAGGUUCUCUGGUUAUUGUCCCAUUUUUUUGGGUUAUAGUCUCGUAAUUAUGUCAUUGUAACCUAAAUUCUUCUAUAAGUCACGUUAGCACAAGAUUUCAUUCCGUCUGAAUGCGAACAGUUUGAACUUUCUGCACAUUUCUUGCUUUUUGCAACCAUUGUCGUGACUAUAAGUGUCCAACAAGGUUGUUUAACAGGCUCCAAGUACAAUGCAUUCUUUUUUAUGGCCAGAUAACUGAAGGAAAGUGUGGGGUACUCAACCUUUGUUGUUAGUCCACUAUCUAUGAUCUACGUUGUGUUUGUCUCAUUUUAUGCACUUUGCAAUAAUCAAGAAUCUUUCUGAAAAUUUCUGUGGGGGUGGACACGUGUUCAAAACUCUGAAAUAACAUGUUUUAUCUUUACCUGCGCAUGCUGCCAUUUGGAAGAUCUUAGGACUUCCAGCCUUGUUAGAAACAUCUACGAUAUCUUGGUCAUUUCAAAAGAAUGCCAGGUCUGCGCGGAAGGCGCAGCACAGUCGCAGCUAAAGCACGAAGAGCAGCCUUUCAGAGCCUUUUCUAAACACUCUUUGGGUAAAUGCUUGCUGGGUACCCACUACGCCAUAAAUAUUCAUAAUAUCUGCAUAGUAGGCCGGCAUUCACUAUGCUAUCCUUCGUCAAUCUUCCGAGAAGCGUGGUAUCCACUAAACACUUGUAACGAAUUUUGUGUGGCAUUCAAUGGCUGACGACGUUGAAGAAUUGCGCCUGAAGUGGCUAUGUGCUACAGUUAAUAGGGGAAGAAAAAGAAGCUUUUGUAAUGUGUUGGAGCAUUGGACGACCCACUCGUUAUGCAAUUCGUACAGUGUGAGGCCUGAUUGUUUCUUUGCUGUUAUAAAACACUUUAUUACUCAUAUUAACGAGAUUCCUUUCCCGACAGUCAAGCCUGCUAAGGCAAGUCUGCGAACGAAGUCCCAAGCACCGGCGUGGCUCAGCGGUAGAAUACUGGGCUGGCACGCAGUGGACUCGGGUUUUAAUCUCACUAUGUCACCACGUGCCUUUGCUGUUUCUUAUCUGAGUUUUUUUUUUCUCAUUUUGUGCGAUAGUGGUUACGGACAUUGGCGGCGGCUGACAACAACAGCGCUGCGCGUGACCCGUGUUGUGAUCUCAUAUAAGCUUUCACUGUAAAGCUCUUCUUGUGAGCGUGGACCAAAGCAAACAAAUAUUUAGCACUAUGGUGCUAUGUUUUCUACAGUUACUGUUUUUCAAUUUAAUUACUACCAUGCUUUUCGAUCUCGUAUUUUUUUAACAUUGAGCCAUAAAUCAAUAUUUACAUUUAAUAAUGGCUUAUUUUCUGCAGCCUCUGGUUUCUGAUUGCAUUCCUUGCUGAGUUCUUCUGAUGUUCCCAUUUACAUUUUGUUACAGCUUGUUACUUCAGCCGUGCAACACCCAGUUGAUGGCACAAAUCCCAUGCAACAGCAGACCUUUAGUAAAUUUUAAGAAUUUCAGUAGUGAUUUGAAGCACUUUAUAUGUCGCGUAAUCAGAUCAUUGCCAUGGCUUGUUGUACUCCAGAUCUUUUCGUUUGAUUUCUCCUCACUUCUUUAAUAUAUGUACGUUUGUGAUGCGCUUCUGUACACUUGCUGUUUUGGGGGAAGUUUUGUUUUUCUCAUUUCUCAAAUCUGCUGUUUCGAUCUCUCGAAAAUUGUACUCAAACUAUAGUAAGGCUUCUAUGUAAAGGUACCUACUCUUUCCUUCUCAUAGCUUGCAAUUUUGCAAUUCCUAUCGGUGCCUUUUCGAGUGAGCGGCAUGUUUCUGCUUACAUGCGUGCUGUGAUAUCCCUGAAAUUUGUUUUAUUUUUUACUUUUAUAUAGUAUAUGCUUAUAUAUAUAGUUGUGUUUACAAUUCUGUUAUACUUACUUGCCAGUCAUUGACAGUCUUCUCUUUGAUGGUUGCUACAUGUUCCUUCGCACUUAAAUAAAAAUGUGUAUGAUUUUACGACUACAGGCCUGCCAGUCUUUCAACAAGAUGUUGUUGCUGCCACAUUCUCAGUCUUGCAGUUUGAUUCUGCUUUACCUUGAAGAUGCCCACGGUGUCAAACAAUGACUUUCUCGCCAUUCUGUUGAAAAUGCUAAAGGAAUUCUUACAUACCACAUUUCGUCCGGCUAGAAGAAAUUCAGAAGUGCAGAUGUGCCCUUGUAUAGGGAAUAGUUUAUUUCUUAAGGCUCUCAGUUUAACAAAAUUGUAAGAACUGAG